AUGAAUGAAGACCAUAGACCAGAUCCUCCUCCAGAAACCAGCGAGGCACCCGUUUGUGAAAACUCGAGCCGACCCCGUAGUCGAGUCAAGCGGACGAUUCGGAAAUUUGCAAAAGGCGUCACCAAGAAACUUUUUAAAUUCUUCAAAAUUUUCCGCAACCGCAUUCCUGCGAACCAGAACGUAGACCUUCCAGAUGCUUCAACCACUGUGGUCCAGACCGUCGAAAUCGAAGGGGCUUCAUCAAGUCAGAAAAACGAGAGGUGCAUCUAUUCUUCCAACGACAAGCAUCUCGCCACAUCUCAGAUUCCCAGCGACUGCGUGAACCAAGGGCCGCGUGGAGAGCCUGAUUCACAGGUUCAGGCUGCUCCUUCUGGCGAGGAGGAAGUUCCUGAUACUCACUUAGCUGACGCCGAACUUCAGGGUGCCCUUGAUCGUGCACACAGCAUGGGAUUACUCGGGAAACAUGCGACUUCUGUGGCAUCCGCUGCCGACAAUGCCCCAGCAGGUCUCGAUGCCGCGGAUAAUUUUGAGACGAAGUAUCUCCAACCCCUAAAGAUCAUUGAUGGCGUCCUUGACAAGAUCGCGGAUGUAUGA